CUAAAACUCUGACAUGUCAUCAUAAGCAUUUGCAUUAUCUUGUUUGAUAUACCUAGAAUGCAUUCACUAGGUCAAAAAAUUUUCAUUGAAUGUGGUGUUGUGUAUUAGAGUACAGGGCUCAGAUUAAGAACUUUGCUUAAGACAUGGGAAGAAAAGUCGUCUCUUGAGCAAGUAAUAAGUUGGCUUGGAAUUUAAAGUAUUAAAGGUAAGACUUAGAACCUAGAGCAACUUUGUUUUCAAAGGGAGAUUAAGUGGAAGGAACACUUGAGCUCAAGGAUCAACUUAGAAACCUUAAUGUAAGGGUUGAAAGUUUGUUUGCAAUUAUGUGUAAGCAAACAACUCCUAAACCAAGGAUACCUUGGACCUGAGUUCUAUAAGAUAAAGUUGAAUUUGAGAUUAAGAAGCAACUUUGCUUUAGGAGGAUGGAUAAGUUUGCUUUUGAUAUGUGGAUUAUAAGUGGUGAAGUACUUGGGGUGGUUGAGUAUCUCUAACCCCUAAACUGGAGCCCAAAAGUGGAUUUGGAGAUCUAGCCACAUUUUGCAAGAGGUAAAAAUACCAAGUUGGUAGGAUUUCCAAAGUUGCACAAUUUUGUUAUUUGGAGAUUUCCAUGUUGUGUGGAGAAAUUUGGAGAAAUUCACAAAGGUUCAGUUUUAGAGUUCCUGAAAAUAGCAGCAACUAGGCAAUUUUAGUCCUUUGUAACUUUUGAUCUAGAACCAUUUUGAAGAUGAUCAUUAUAACAAAGUUAUAGAGCUACAUGAGGAGUAUAAGUUUGGUUAAGUCACCUAGCACUAAAACUGUUUGGAACUUAGAGAAAACCUGGUCCAAAGUAAAGCUGUCAGAAAUUGUAGGUUUCAAACUUAGUGAAAUUCAGAUCCUGAAUUUCAGCAAUUGGAGCAAACUUUGGACUAUUGUAGUUUGGAAUCCAAGAGGUUUUGGUUAAUGACCAUUAUAGAAACAUUGUAGAAUAAGUACAGGAGAGAAACUUUUAUUAAGUGUGACAGCCCUGGAACUAUAUACAACUAGGAGAAAAGGUGAUCCAAAGUGAGGUUGUCAGACUUUUUGAGUUUUUAGAUUGGGAACAGUGAACUGAAACUAAGAUUUCAGUAUAUAUAGCUGUUUUUGGAGCUCAAUUGUGUCUAAUCCAUGAGGUUUUGGGCUGUUGAAUAUAUAGAGGAAUUAAAGACCAUAUGAUGGUGAAUAAGUCUCCUUAAGUGACUUUGGUUUGAUCCUACACAAAAGUUGGAAAGAAAGCUUGCUCAAGGUUAGACUGACAGACAGUGCUUUAAUUGCAUUUGGUUCAGUUCUGAAAUCUGAAAUUUGUUGUUUGGUGCCAAGUUUGGAGCCCUUUUGUGGUUGUUAUAUAAGGUUUUGGACUGAGGUUUUUGUAGUGUAAGUGAAGACCACCCAAUGGUGAACAACUGUAUUAAAGGAUGAUGCACAUGAUCCCAAAUAAAAAGUGGUGUAACAGCUGCUCAAAGUUUGACUAUCAGGUGGCUAGCGACAGUCUAUUCAAAGCUGAAAUCUGGAAUUUCAGUGAAGAGUGCCUAGUUUGGAGUGCUUUUGUAAUUAAUCCAUGUGGUUUUGGGCUAAGAACUGUGUGGAGAAGUUGUAGUCCACUGUACCGAGAACAAGUUUUAUCAAGUAAGAUAGCCUUGGUGCUGCACAAAAAGAGGAGUAAAAGUGGCUCCAAGUUGUGCUGUCAGGCUUAGGAGGAGAGAAAUUCAGUUAGCUGUUCCUAAAGAAUUCAGUGUGCUUUUACUCACCUUUGGAGCUCUGUGGUAAUUAAUCCAUGGAGAUUUUUAUUAAGAGCUCUAUGGCAAAGUUAAAGACCAUUUGAAGGAGAACAAGUUUAUGCAAAUAAUUGGUCUUGUUAUUGUGUGUAAUUUGGAGAUAAUAGUGUUACAAAACUUACUCUGUCAGACUGAGUGGUGUGAUGUUUCAGAUUUCUGAAACUGAAAUUUCAGUGACAUUGGCUAUAUUUUAGGGUACCAUAACUUUUGUUUUAUAUGCUUUUAGUUAUGGGUUGCUAUACAAAAGACAUAUAGCUAUGAAUAUAGAAUAACUUUGGUGAAGAGAUAGUGGUCUGUUGCUAUGAAGAAUUGGGAGAUCAGAGGGCCUGAACUGGGAGGAAUGGAAUGAAGCAGCAGGCUGAUACAAUUGAGUUCAAUGUGGCAUUCGAAUUCUGAAGAAGAUCACUUCCUCUCUGUUAGGUUACUCGAGUAUUGGAUGGAGUCAAGGUUGAGAUACAUCACUAUGGGUCUAGGGGCCUUAUUUGCUGCUGGGAAAAUAGCAGAUUUGGACUGUUUUGGUGGGCAGUGAGGCCUUAUCUGUUGGAUCUGUGGUGGAAUUAACUAGACAGCAAAAAUCCAGUGGUUUCAUGCCUUCACCCCAGUAGCAAAUAUCAAGUUUUGGACCAUAGUGCAUACCCAAGUGGGAGACUUAUCUACUCCCUUUCCUAUCUGUUUACCGAACGAAGGGAUGGAUAUUUUGGCUGUGUGAGAUAGACUAAAUGCAGUGUAUUUGAGCUGUGGUUAUGAGCCUAUGUGGUGUGGGUGCAUGGGAGCCACGUACAAUAGGUCAUGCAGUGCUGGCAUUCCCACGGUUCUCCUACAUCAGGUCUGAGUUGAGCUCCAUACCCUGCCUACACAUUCAGUUGUACUUGUCCAUAUCCAGUACCCUUCGCUUGGGUUCAGUAAAGCUUCCCCUUGCCCUCAGGUUUUAGCUUGAGACCACUGCGUAAGUGCUGGAAUUCCUGUGUUCACGCUAGUACUCACCUCUCCCCAGUCACCAAACUUCGCCCCUCAGAAACUUGCACGCCAUCUUCCUGCCAGUGGUGACCAUAGCAGCAGUUUACAUCCUCACCAUGGCCAAGAUUCGUCGGAGGUUGUCUCGGUCGUGUGGUGCCCGUUCCUUGUUCCUCACAGAAUUCCCAGAAGAAGAUGAAAUUCAAGAAGUAGUUUCUGAAAAGGAGUUUGCUCCAGUGCCUAUUCAGCAAGUGGAUGGAGCUAUCUAAUUGGUUAUUGGGUAGAAAGGUCUUGAGCCUCUUCACUGCAACAAAGGUGAUGAGGAGUACUCUAUGUGUUCGUGAGGCUGGAGGGCGCUUCCAGUUCUAGAGGAGGAUUAGUUAGGCUUAUGUAUAAGCUUUGGAGGGUUCCUACCUUCCUGCUAUUGUAUUAAGUUAUGCACUUUAAGUAUAUCAGGACUUGUAAUAAAUGUAACUCUUCCUAUGUAAUAACCUUCAGUUUUAGAAAUAAAAAGAAUUUUUUGUAAAGUCUUCCGCUCUUAUCUU